GCUCAAAGAGAAGGAAAUGCAUUUUGCGACAAGGUCAAGGAAUAUAUCGACAUACAUAAAACAACCGAAAAAAAAAUUACGUGAACAUUGUUUAACAAAGAUGUUGAAUAUGCAAGCCGAAUGUGAAGCGUAUGCGGUCCAUAUGAUAGAGACAACGACGACAACAACAAAUACAAACACACAGGUAGACAAACUACCGAUUACUCACGAUUUUUUGCAUCAUUUUGUGCGUCGGCUACUACGACGUUGAAUGAACAGUCAACCGCCUCUCUGGAAACUGGUUUGGCCGUUUUGUGCAUUUUGCGCUCGUUAUGCAUUGAACAAUUACAAGAGAUGACCACGACAAUGUGCAACCCUCAAUGUGAAUUAUCGCAGAGUUCAACGAUCAAUAUUUUGGCAUGCCGUUGCAGUUGGUGGUCUUUGUUUGGAUUUUUAUUUUUCCAACGCAAACUAUACGAUGAAGCCCAAUUUGAAUUUUUGCGGCUAAACAUAAUAAAUGAUAAUAAAAGAAUGUGACAAAAAUAGACAAAACAUCAACGUGAUGGUACAGCAAUAGUGGCUGAUAGCGGUGGUGACGGCGGCGGCGGCGGCGGCGGCGGCACUUUGCAAUUACUAUGCCUAACAAUGGUAUGGCAAUUUAAAAAUGAUUACACAAUCGGCAGAGAGACACAUAUAUCGUAUAACAGGUCUAUGCUUGGUGUGCACAAUUUUCUAAAUGCUGAACCCACCUGUUUCCGAUUUCAUUGCCAACGAGCACCAACAAAAUAAAUACAUUUUUAUCGGUAAAGAUUUAAAUAAACUCCACACCAUUCAGAUUCAUAUGGCUGCCGAUGCUCUCUACCGAAAUAAUAUAUAUAUAUAUAUAUUUAAACAAAAGGAGAGACGAGAGACGAAAAUGAAACAAAAAUAAUACAGAGUAAACAUAACACUGGAGCAAUAUGACCUAGGUUAGUGUUGAAAAAGAUAAGACAUUCAGUUGUUUGCCGAAUGUUGAACUGUGGUGUACUCACCAAACAAACCUAAUGCACUAGACGAACAUUUUUCAAAACAAGUGAUUAAGAUAGAAACGAAAACGGAGCUUGGUUUGCGACGAUUUUUUCUUCCAUUUCAUUUUUUCGUCUCUGCUGUUGUUCAAGUGCACUGCGAAACUGAGUUAUGAUCGAAUAUAAUCGAUAAUUUCUUAAGUAAUUUGUUUGUGUGUAUCAAAAUUACAGUUUAUUUCGGAACUUUUAUCCAACGGCGCGAGUGCAUGUGUGCGUGCAUGUGUAUAAAAAUGAGUUUAAAUUUAAAAUUAACGAUCUUUCUUGGGCUGAUCGUUUACACAACGGCCACAAGUGUUACAUCUAAUUCCACAACAACGACAUAUUUCACCGGACUAUUAAGUGAUGUUCUGCAAACAAAUCGCGAAAAUGAUUUAAAAAUCACACAUUUAUGCAAUAUCGAAUUGAAUUCCAUUCAAAGUGGUCUUGACGUUAAAGAUGUUUGGGCGAUCAAAUUGUUGGAUGCUUCUGGUCACGUUGCACCCGGUUUUGUAUGGGGAAAUAACUAUUGGCUCGGCUCGAGGAAAGCCUGCCAAUUUAUAAAUAGCCGUUCACCGGUAGUGCUGUCACAUGAAUUACAUAAGAACCACUUCAAAAAUCUCACGUACAUCGAGUCACCAUUUCCAGUGGAAUACAAACUUGUAUGGGCCAAACAUCGUUCCUCCUGGCAAAUUGACAUUAGCACAUUUGAAAAGACCAUGUUGCACGUGGGUAUUUGUUUACCACAAUCGUGUACUAACGAUGACGUCGAUCGGCUAGUGAAUACCAUGUUGAAUAGCAGAAUAUUCGGCGAAAAAUACUUUCUCAAUGAAAGCUUUUCGAUCGUUGAAAGCAAAACCUUGAAACUACGGGACAACUUUUUUGGUACAACCAUGGUGAACAUUUUCCUAUGUAUUUUUAUGCUCAAUGUGGUCUUCGUUACGAUUGGAUCAAUUUACAUGAAUUUCUCAGUGAAGGAAAUGAAGUUAAGCAAAGCUGUAGCUGAUCUACCAAAUAAAAAUGGCAACAAUAAUCAAAUCAAAUGCGCCAAUAUCAACGCCGUUUUGAAUGUUGACAACGCAUCGAUGUUCAAUCAACAAGUGAAUAAGACGAAAAUGUCCAAUUCGUUCAUUGAUCGAUUUUUCUCAUGUUUUUGCAUCGUUAAAAACUCGGAAAUUAUUACAACCGAGUCCUUGGGCACGGAUUCGAUCGAAGUGAUCCAUGGAAUGAGGGCUUUGGGAAUGGUUUGGAUAAUAGCUGGUCAUUUGUUCUUCUAUGGGCCAAGUUCAGUGGAAAACCUUCAAAUGGUAUUGACUUAUGCAGAGGAAUGGUAUGUGCAGCCGCUAUUUUCCGUUGCCAUUUGCGUGGACACGUACUUUGUAAUCAGUGGCCUGGUGUUGGCGUACUUAUUCUUCCAAACCGAAAAGAAGAAGAAGAAGGAGAGUGCGAUUCUCAAGUUUGUUAGCUCUGUGGUUAAUCGAUACCUUCGACUGACACCGCCGUACUUGGUUGUGAUUGCAUUAACCGGUUUUGUAUCGAUUUAUUUGCGCGACACAUCACAGUACUGGAUGAUUGAGCACAAUGAUAUCAAUUGCCCAAAAUAUUGGUGGCGUAACCUUUUCUACAUUCAAAAUAUGUAUCCAUUGGAUGAUAUGUGCAUGACAUGGAGUUGGUUUUUGGCCGCCGAUUUUCAAUGCUUCUGUCUGACGUCACUUUUGCUGGUCAUUUAUACGAAAAAACCCAAGGUUGCAAUUUCAAUGUUUGUCCUGCUAUUUGUUUCGGCCAGCAUUUACACGGGUUAUUUGGGAUACGCACUGAAAUAUUCGUUGACAUUGGAUGUACAAUACCACUUGGUCGACUAUUUGUAUACACCGACAUACACGCGAAUCGGAGCCUAUUUCAUUGGUGUUUAUGCUGGAUGGUUUUUGAGUGCAAAAGAUCGGAAAUUAAACAUUAAAAAGAGACGCAGGUGACGCAAUACCAUACUGUCUGCUAUGAUAUAAUCAUCUCUCGUCGCGCUCACUGUGAACGUUUUUCCGAAAAGAAGACGAAGAAAACGCAAGGCGGUUUCCUUCGUAUUGCAUUUUGUUUUUUUUUCUUUGCUGUUAUGCGGUUGCUAGUUGUUGUUGUGUAUUAACGCACAAUGCGUCGGCAACAAAAGCGAUAAUACGUGCCAUAUGUGAAGAAAAAAAAUUAUAAAAUUUUUGGCAACGUGAAAAUGCUUAUUCAUUGAUGUUAAUCGUUUCAUUUUUCGUUUUGUUUUUUUCUGUCUCUUUUUCUCUCGUGCAUAUGUAUGUGUUUGUUUGUUUGUUUGUUUUUUUCAACAGAAAUUCGUGGUUUUGGGAUGGGUCGUUGGACCCUUACUGUUGAUUUCAA